CCGCAAAGACAAACACAUGUGAAAUUAUUGAUCAGGUAGGGCAAACAGUUUAUUCUGUCGGCUCCCGCCUUUUGAGCUUGUCGAUCGCAUUAAAAAUGUCCAUUCAUUUCUCAUGGGUUGUGUGAAUUUAUGGAAACAUGUCAAAGAAACGGGGCAGGAAGCGUAGCAGUGGAGAGCUGAGUGAGAGCUCGGCGUCGACCCUGAGCCCAGACCCUGACAACCUGCUGGGUCGCAGGAUUCAGCACACCUGGAGGGAGAAGGGCAACGUGACCAAGUGGAAAGGCACCGUUCUGGAGCGUCUAACUGUGAACAGCUCCCUCUACAUGGUCAAAUAUGACGGCUUUGAUUGCGUGUACGGCAUCGAGCUCUUCAAAGAUAGCCGGGUGUCCAACCUGCAGGUUUUGGCAGAGAAAGUCGUGAACAAUAAGAUCAAGGUGCCUCCCGGGGCGGAGGAGCUGGUGGGCCGAGCUGUGGAGCAUCUGUUUGAGAAGGAGGACGGUGAGAAAAAUGAGUGGCGAGGCAUGGUGCUGUCCCGAGCCCCCAUCAUGACCCACUGGUAUUACAUCACGUACGAGAAGGACCCGGUGCUGUACAUGUACCAACUGUGGGACGACUAUAAAGACGGAGAUCUACGUGUCCUGCCCGAAUCGGAAAACAAACAUCUGCUGCCAGCAGACAGGAAGCCAGGUGAGGAGCCAGAGAGCCUUGUGGGUAAACAGGUGGAGUACGUCACAGAUAACGGUCUAAAGAGGACAGGCUUGGUCAUCUACCAGGUCCCAGCUAAGCCCACCGUGUACUACAUCAAAUAUGACGAUGAUGUCCACAUCCACGUCUACGAUCUGGUGAAGACCACCUAGUACUGACUGUCCGGUUUCAUCUCCAGCUGAAGGCUCACCUCUGACCCGACCUGUCGUUACCUGUUAAAGUGUUUCAGUUUUCCUCCAGUGGGAGGCGACGUGCCGAAGAUCAAAAGCCCUGGUCUUUUCUUUUAAUUUUUUUGGCCUCCAGAGGCUUCUUUCAUUCUCGCAUUACAAGACACGUUGGUUUUUGAUUCCCCAAUUUUAAUUUGACUUUAAUAUAUGACUAUAAGGUUGUUUUCAGUGUAAAUAAAGCAGGUCUGAGACCGGUUGUAUAGCCCAGCAGGUGAAAUGGAGCCUAGACGUUUGUUUUGGUUGAAUCACACUUGUAAAGUGCAACUUUCAAACUCCAAAUUCAUACUUUUUGUAAGCAACACAUCAAACUAAAAGAGUUCAGCUUUCUUACCUAUACCUCUGUGUUUUACUCGUAUUUCAUUUCACUUUUAUAUGCCUGUGCUAUUUAUUUCAUCUGGAAUAUCUGGCUGUGCUGCUGGUAACAUUUUGACAAAACAUGUCUGCUGUGCUUUCAUGUGUCACUGGGUAAGCCUUAGUUCGUUGAAUAUAGAAGUAAUAUUCAUUUGACCAGUGUGCUUAUUUUACCAUCACAGUGAACUCCAUUUCAGUUGAAGUGUAUAGGCAUCGACGAGACCUGACUGUCUCACAACAUGGAUUAAAAAAAAGAAAAACACAGAUUAUUCUAAAAAAAAAAAAAAAAAAGUCAUGUAUCAUAUUUCCGUUUUGUUUUAAUCAUGUAAACUGCAAGUUUUCUACAUUAUAAUAAUAUAUGAAAAAGACGGAUGUUGAUGUCGAGUUGUUUCAACAGUGUUUGUGCUACACACUAUUUAUGUAGUUCAAAUUGGCCACCAACAUUGUUUAGUUUUUUGGACUUAUUAUUAUUUGCCAAAAAUGAAUGAUGUGAUAUCAUAUAUUUAGGCCUUGAAAUAUUGUUCAUUGUGACCCUAAAUAUGUUUUGUUCUGUAAAUAUAAUCUGAGACAUUUUUAUGAACGUAAAAAAAAAGCUGCUUGAAAAUGA